AUGAUGAACGUCCACCAGUCCCCGCUUCCUUUACCCUUUCAAGUGCCAAAGAGAGUGCGUGUAGAGGCUGUGCUUAACUCCUUCAAAGCAAAUGACAUAGCCUCUGGCUUCCAUUUCUCAGCUUCAUCAAUGACACACAAGGAAGUUAAAUUUCUGUCUGUUCAGCAGACAGCAAAGAAAUUCUCCCAUAAAGCUCCUACUUUGUGGCAUUUUAUUGGCUGUCUCCUUUUGGCAACAUUUACCCCUGGGGAAAUUGUUGAACUGGAUAAAUGGGAGGACAUUGACGAUUUGGAAAACGAAAAUAAUGAUGACAAUGAUUGCUGGUUAUUAGAUUCUAGUGGCCUCCCACCUUUGUCUCAAAGGAGCCGAUCCCAUAGUGAGAAGCGGCAGUAAGGAUUCCAGUCUUAUCUUACACCAAGUGCACUGAGUCCAGUUGCUUGCUGAGAGCCAAGGACAGUAAGUGGUGUUAUG